CGGCGAUGUUGUCAUCGUCCGCCGGAAGAGUGGGGACUUUGAUGAUUAACUCCAACAUCAACCCGACAAUAAGUAUGCUCAUUUUCACCUCACAGGGCAGACAACACCUACCCAACUUUCUGAACACAUUCGCCGAACAAAAGAGUCAAAAAUGCCUGAAACCGUGACAGACAUGUUGAGCCGCAGAGUCAAGCUCUCUAAUGGCCUCUCCAUUCCCCAAAUCCAACUCGGCCUCUACAUGAUGUCCGGCCCCGAGACCACACGCGCGGUCCGCUGGGCCCUCGGUGCCGGCUACCGCGGCUUCGACAGCGCCCAAUGGUACUACAACGAACGCGAAGCCGGCCAAGCCAUCCUCUCCUUCCUGUCCUCCCCCGAAAACACCGCGGGCCUCACCCGCAAAGACGUUCAUUUCACCAGCAAGCUGCGCGACAACAGCACCAAUUACGACGCUGUUCGCGCUUCGAUCUCCAAGUCAGUGAAGGCUUCUGGACUUGGCUACAUUGACCUGUUCCUCCUGCACAGCCCGCUUGGCGGCCGCGAAGCCCGGUUGACCAGCUGGAAAGCGGUCGAAGAUGCGGUACUCGCGGGCGAGGUCAAGAUGGCGGGCGUCUCGAACUACGGCGUCAAGCAUCUCGACGAGGUCAUGUCAGCACCUUUUAAAAUCAAGCCUCUCGUGAACCAGAUUGAAUGCCAUCCAUUCAACACGCAGCCGGAGAUCAGGGCCGCGUGCGAGAAGUAUGGUAUUGUCAUCGAGGCGUACGCGCCGCUAGCGAGAGGGAUGCGCAUGAAGCAUCCCGUCUUGACAGCGGUGGCAAAGAAGUACGGGGUCACGCCCGCGCAGGUGUUGGUUAGGUGGUCGGUGCAGCAUGGGUUCGUGACGCUGCCGAAAAGUACCAAGAAGGAGAGGUUGGUAGAGAAUGCGGAUGUGGGUAGGUUUGAGUUGGCCGAGGAGGAUAUGGAGAAACUGGAUGGGUUGGAUGAGAAGUUGGUUACUGAUUGGGAUCCUACUGAUGCGGACUAGAUGUUCUCGGUUCGUGCCUACACGUUCGCCCAAGUACCUUCGGAUUUACCAGUUCUGGUGCCUCCAUGUACUUGAUGUUAUGGUCUGAUUUGCAGAUACGUAGACUUACUAAACCAGCGUAUUUAUUUCUUGUCCUCACAAUCGGUUCGCAAACACAAGAUAUAUGCGAUUUGUCCUUUCUUACCACAUCAACAUAUUACACAAACCAGGCAACACCUUUAAGCUCCGUUAUUCUGGUGGCACUGGUUCCUCCCCACACCAUAUCUUCUUGUCUUCUUACUUGAGGUGGUAAUAAGACCCCGGUUCUAUUCGAGAGCCGCAAGUUGAUGGGGAGGUAGAGCACUGUCCACGGAAAAUGGAUUCCAGAUCAUAGGGACGGCCGUCCUUGGCGGUCACCAUGUAAACCCGCCAAGUCCGACCUUCAUUGCCGACAUAUCACCGUCAGGAGACUAUGAGUUCCUUCUGGGAAUGGAUCCGAGUUGCAGAGGAGGCAAUCCUGCAUCCUCAACCCACAUUCGGCACCGUUUACAGAGUUGGAUGAUGAGUGCAGACCUACCAGAGGCUACAGGUGUCCUUGUGAUACAUUGAAAAGCUUUCUACACGAGCGGGGAAGAUCAUUGAACCAUAGGCGGCUCAGGGUGAAAGAGGAAGGUGCUUCAAUCUCCAGGUGGAAUGAAUGACAGCUUCACCUGCUUACGAUGCCGUAUAUCACCCAAAGACGCACGGAGUACGGUUAAUGUUACCUGAACAUCGAGUCCCGAAAAUAAAGCCCUGUUUGACCAAAGUGAUGACCGAGGUCUCGAACUCACAAACGAACCAGUACUGGACUGUACUGUAUCUACGUAUAAGCUGGUCGGGAGAACUGGUGUGACAGCAUUCAUCAUCAUCCUUUGAAAUUAUCUUCGGCGACGUCGAGAAUCAUACCCAUUGGCGACUGGAAAGGCAACCUAGUUGAUCUCGAACGAACUUAACGCAUGAAGAGCGGUGAAAGAAUUAUUCGGCUGGUUAUGAUCAUUCUCCACGGAUUGUCUGGAUCUGGUACGAUUAAAUCCUCAUCCCUCUGGCCGACUGAGGUAGUUUCACCGUUCACGAUGCAGUGAAACGUUGUAGAAACACAUAUGUCGGAUUGGGUCACCCAAAGCUACGGUUGGAUGUUUGCGGUG